CUUCAUCAGGCGAUGUCUUGUUCGCCGUUGAUUAUUCAAUAAUGAAUAAAAAGAUUUUUAGCGAUAAAUAUGAUUUGAAUACGUGCGGUUUUGUUUUUAAAUAAAUUAAAAUAUGAUAUCUAAUUAUGAGUUCACCGUCGGCCGUGGUGUGCCGUGAGAUAUUUGAUGAGAACAGUCAGCCAUCUGCAGAAGAAAUAUCUGACUAUGCCUGUCAGCUGGGCAUUGAUCCUGAGAGUGAGAGCCAUCUCUUGCCACUGGCUCGGGAUGGCCUCAUGCAAGCAUUACCGGCACCAUGGAAGGCAUAUUUCGACGAAAAGCUUCAAACCCAUUACUAUUACAAUGAAGAUACAAAGAAGACCCAGUGGGAGCAUCCCCUAGAUCACGUAUACAGAGAACUGGUGAAAAAGGCGCGAGAUGCGUCAAUGCAAGAUGACACUUGUGCCUCGGUACAGGAACUUCUUACCUCUGAAGAGAAUACUAAAAAUCUCGAACGCGUUGAAACCAAAGUGGAAAGUGAAGAUGAGGAUUUAAGCACAGACAGCGAACAACACGCUUCAGAUGUUAAAGACCAUACCACGUUGGUGCCCGGAAAUAGACGGCUAACGCCAUUAGGACGGCCACCGCUUGCUCCCCUUUCUAGACUGGAUAAGAAAUUAAGUGAUCUCCGAAUUUCGCCCUUAAGACGAAGCGUGGACAGCACUAUAUCGCCUAAACCAAGCCUCGUGAGGAAUAUUUCAGACAGAGAUAUAUUAAGUCGACCAACAUUUGAAAGACCUAAAAUGUUAUUUAAACAGCAAUCUGAGAUUAUUGACCUGAAAAUGCAUGUUCUGACCAGUCCAGAAGAGGAGAAUUUCAGUCCACUGUUAGCUUCUGCCAAAGUUGACAAGGGUUUACCUUUGUCUGGUAAAGGCAGUAUGUUCUUCAAGAUGUCGCGCUCCAAUCUCCCCAGUCCAGAUACAGAGAAAUCUCUUCAACUCGAUUCAGUUACGAAAAGUGAUCCACCAAAAGGUAUCCUUAGGGAGAAAACUUCUGAUCUUUUUCAUAGGAAGAUUGAGAGCUUAGUGCUGGGGAAAUCGAAACAGACUCCAAGCUUUGAAGAGGACAAGAAAAGUGUGAGAUUCAAAUUAGAAAACUUGCCUGAUCCAACCGUCAGUCCGGGCUCGAAUAGUUCGUCGGAACAAAACGACGCACAGAGUUCUAUCAUUAGUGUAGCACCCACAGUUCCAUCGCCUAUCAUCCCAUCAUCACCUAUAAUGGUAUCUCCUAUCACACCUAUGACAUUAGCACCGAUCACACAAACAGUCAAUACAUUGUCCCCGUUAGUAUCUAGGCCCCCAUUACCUCCUCGUGUGAUAGAAAGUCCGAGAGAACCAAAGAGCGUCUCGAAUUCAGAGAGAGAUUCUGUUGACAGUGAAAGCCUAAAUCGUGGAACGUCACCACGACGGCGCCUUGUAAAGCCACCGCCAGGUGACUAUAUCAAACCAGAGUUAUUCCAGAAGAAUUUCCAAAAAAUAUCCGAGUUAGUUCGUCGAACAGAUAUCGAACCUACGUCAGUGACCUUGGAGGAGCCCAUUUCGGACAAAGAGUCGAGGCCAAGGUCUCCUAUGAUACCUCUAAAAAGCAAAAUUUCUAUAAACUUGAUGGAGAGCAUUGAAUCGGAAACAUCGAUCGAUUCGCCUGAUAGAGAAUUUGCUAAUUUAGAUCUCAACGACUUAGAUGAUUCGAAUACACAAAAUAAACAAGAAAUUCCAGACGAUAUCAAAGAUAAAGAAAAAAGUCCACGUACCGACGAAAGUUCACAAGAAGGAACACAUUCCAAAGCAACGGAUUCAGUACAAAGAUCACGAGACAUUCCAAUACCUCAAAUAAAAGUUCCUAAAUUAGAUUUCACUCCAAAACAAGCCAAAUUUACACAUUCCGAUUCAGAAGAUUCCAGAAAAACGGUUAAAGACGAUGAAUCUAAAAGCAGCGUUAGAUCAAAUAGUAUAGAUACACCCAAAGAUAUUAAGACUCAACUUAAGUUAUCGCCUACCCCUAGCUUAGGAUCAGACAGGUCACCUAGAUUAGAAUUCACUAAAAAUUGGUCGAGUCCGUUAUCAACAUUCAAACCAUUGAAUAAACUUAUACCAGCUCCAUUAAAAUCAUCUGAUUCAGCAUCUAGCUUAGGUAAAGGUCUGUCUAGUCCUAGAUUAGAUGGAGUAAUACUAUCUCAAGGGAAAUCUAGUUCGGAUAACGUAGUUGUAGUUUAUCAAUUUGAAACUCAAGAAGAAAGUCCAAAACCUAUAAAGUCUCCGCUAAUACCAGAUAUGGGAAUGAGAGAAAUGUUCGAGAGGAAUAAGCAAGAUGAAAGGAGAAGGCUAGAGUUAUCUUUGCAGAAAGAUUUGGAGAUAAUACGAAUGGAAUUUUCGGCAAAAGAAAAGAGAUUAAGAGCAGAAUUGCAGGAGGACUUAAAAGAAGCCGAGGAGAAGUUUUUGAAUGAAAAGAAAAUACGAUUAUCAGAACAAGCGGAUAGACAUCGACGGGAAAUGGAAGAUGCAUUAGCGGAAGCCGAACGCAUUCAAAAACAAGACUUGCAGAACAAAUUAAAGGAAUUAGAGAGGAGGUAUCGAAACGAUGUCGAAGCAGCUGAGAAACAACACGACAAUAGUAUGGCAAAAUUGAGAAAUGAUUACAAGAUGAAAUACAGUGAAUUACGUGAACAAUUGGAGAUAGAUAACGAACGUGCUCUCACAGAGGUUCACAGCCAACUACAAAUGAAUUUAAAUAGAGAGAGGUCUCGUAUGAUAGAAGAAAAUAGAGCCACUAUAGAAACAUUAAGGGAGGAACACACGUCUCGAGUUACCGAACUGCGACAUGAUUACAGAGCUGAGGUGGAGCGGCUGCGCGCGCAGCACGCGUGCCACGUGGACGAGCUGCGCGCGCGGCUGGCGGGCGAGCGCGCGGCGCGGGCGGCCGACGAGCGCGCGCUGGCCGACAAGUACCGCUGCCUCAAGGAGAAGUACGCGCGCCUCAAGCACGACGUCAAGAUGUCGAUAGAGAGACGUAACAAACGACGUGAAAUGAGCAUGACUACGGGUUCAGAAACGGAGAAAUCUAAUUCGCACAAAGCCAAUCCAUCGUUAGAAAGAUGUAAGGAAUUGAAUGAAACAUCAGUAAGCGUUGUCGUUGAAGCCGAACCGCCGAGGAUAAGGAACAACAAUCUGACAAUAAAAUUUAACGACAAUGAAACUUCGUAUUCGGAGAGUAACGCGCAGAAAUCAGUUGACAAUAACAAUGACGAAUGGAAAGUCAGAAGAGAUAAUACCCUUCAAUCGGAUACAUCACAAAUGUCUGCGAUUAAAAAUCCAAGAACGAAGAGAAAUGCAGUCGCGUUCAGAGAACCGCCUCGACGGAGACGAGAUAGAGAUAAGGAUGCUGGUACCACUACUGACUGCCAAGAUUCAUCGGAUGCUACCACAGCUGAUGAAAAACCAAAAGAAGCUAUUAACGGUCACAGCCGUCGUAGGUGCUUCACGAGAUUAAAAUCUGCGUCGACGUCUCGUCUUAAUUAUUCACCGAAACGUGGCGAAGGUUGGUCAAGCCCGCUUGAAUCGCUCAGGCAACAGUUGCGCAAGUUGGACGAUCUAGAAGACCAGUUUCCGGACUUAGCUUGUCAGCCUUCCUACAGUUUAAGAUAUCCUUUUGCUGAAAUAGGAACAGUGGACGCAGCCGACACUCCAGAGCUGGAGUUCGUGCGACACCGCGCCUUAGUGGAGCGGGAGGGUAUGCGGCGCGCUCGUGCCGUGCUCAAGCGCCGCAGGGCUGCCUUACGGGAGUCUAGGGCUUCGUUGUCGCCUCACAGGGCUCCAUCGGAGGCGACGACGAGCGAGGCGUCGUCGGCGGAGGACGGCUCGGCGCGCGGCGCGGCGGGCGGCGCCGUGCUGCGCUCGCUGCGCGCGCUGCACGCCGACGUGCGCGACAUCUGGCGGGCGCUCGACGCGCGCCGCCCCGCCACCGCUUCACCUGAAACCAGCUCCUGUAACAUGCCAACUACGUCUCAAACAAGAAUGACAUCGUCAGCACCGGAGCCAGUGGUCCACGACAACUCGGAUAGUGUAGCGGAGAGAGCUAAAGGCUUACGCGCCUGGCUACAAACUGCCCCCUAAUAUUGUUAACGUAAAACUUCAUAUUCUAACCAUAGACUAUAACAUUUCUAGAUCUUUAUAAAUUCGAGUAUUUCAUAGUCAAUAGACUGAACUGUUUUUACGAUAAUAUCAUUUUACGAUAUAUAUAUAUUCC